AUGGUUGAAGGAAUAUUGUCCAAGGCAUUUUGGGUUGUUUAUGCCACAGUAUUUGCAGCUGCAACGGUGGUUUACGGGCAACAAGUUCCAUGUUACUUCAUCUUCGGAGAUUCAACUUUCGAUAGUGGUAACAAUAAUAACUUGCAAUCUAAGGCAAAAGUUAACUAUUCACCUUACGGUAUAGACUUUCCCGAAGGCCCGACCGGCAGGUUUACCAAUGGCCGCACUAUUGCGGAUAUUAUCGGUGAACUAUCGGGUUUUAGGGAUUUUAUUCCACCAUUCGCCGGAGCAUCACCCAAACAAGCACACAUAGGGAUGAACUAUGCUUCUGGUGGAGGCGGACUUCGUAAAGAAACUAGUAAACAUUUGGGUGGACGAAUCAGUCUAAGAAAGCAAAUACAAAACCACAAGAAGGCGAUAAAGAAAGCAAAGGUGCCAGUACAAAGACUGGAACAAUGUCUCUAUACAAUCAACAUCGGAAGCAACGAUUACAUCAACAACUACUUCAUGUCAGAACUGUACAACACGAGUAGCCUUUUUGACCCUAAUGAAUAUGCAUAUUCUCUCAACCGACUCUAUCGUACUCACUUGAAGAGGUUACACAGUCUAGGAGCGAGAAAGAUAGCACUUUUCUCGAUCAGUCUGAUAGGUUGCACACCAAAGAUGAUUGUGUCCCAUGGUGGCGGCCAAGGUUGCGCGAAAGAUGUGAACGCUGCCGUGGCAAUCUUCAAUAAUAACCUAAAAGACCUUGUAAAUGAUUUCAACAAAAAUUUCAAAGGUGCUGAGUUCACCUACGUCGAUAUUUUCUCUGCUGGAGAUCCCUUAGCUUUCGCUCGUUUAGGAUUUAAGGUUGGAGACAAGGGUUGUUGUACAUUAUCUCCCGGGGAAGAACUUUGUGUACCAAACAAACCGGUUUGUGCAAACCGGUCUGAGUAUCUCUUUUGGGAUGAUAUUCACAGCUCUGAAGCCACCAAUAAGAUGGCGGCUAUAGGCUCGUUUUAUGGACCUCUAGGUAGUCCAUACAGCAUUUCCCAGCUUGUGAAGCAAUAA